AGGCUUAAAUGCGGGAUAGAUAUCCGAAUAAAAGGAGAGAAAGAAAAGAAUGAAUAAGUGAGACGGUGUUCGGCCUCUUCUUGACAUAUCGAAAUAAGAAGAAUGUUUUCUUUGAUUUAACCCAACUUGUGAAUGAAUCCAAAGAAAUAGAGCAUCUAAGUUUUAGUUUAAGAGCCACACUCAACCAAGACUUCAGUACUCCUUCACUAUAAGAUUUAGUUUUACCACAGAGCAAGACACUCCAGUUUAUUAGACUUCCCUUGCUUGAUCUCUCUCUAGCUAGCCCUGAGUUUUUAGCACUCUUUUCUACAAUGGAGUCGGCGAGCAUACUCCGAUAUCUGGAGGGCAAGACCAUCUUAGUUACCGGAGGUACCGGCUUCCUUGGAAUGGUGUUUUUGGAGAAAAUACUCAGAGUUCAACCAGAUGUGAAAAAGAUCUACCUUCUUUUAAGAUCCUCCGACGCCAAGUCAGCCACAAAGCGCAUGAACAAUGAGAUCAUAGGGAAGGAGUUGUUCAGAGUUUUGAGGGAAAAAUGCGGCGCAGAUUUUGAAUCCUUCAUUUCAGAAAAAGUUGUUGCUUUGCCAGGAGACGUCACUUCUGAAAACCUCGGAAUCAAAGAAUUGAAACAGAGGGAGCAAAUGUGCAGUGAAAUAGAAAUAGUAUUUAACUGUGCAGCCACCACAAACUUUGACGAAAGGUAUGAUAUCGCCCUGGACGUCAACACAUUUGGAGUGCUGCAUGCGACGAACUUUGCAAAGAAAUGCUUAAAACUAGAGAUGUUUCUCCACGUAUCAACUGCUUAUGUAUGUGGCGAGAGGGGUGGAUACUUACUGGAAGACUCAUCUUCGAUGGAUGAAAUGGUGAAGGAGAUGACUAAAUUUGAUUUUGAAGCAGUGGAAAAGAAACUGGUGAAGGAGAAAUUGAAUGAACUAAAAGCACAAGAUGCUUCACAAGAAGUUAUUACAAACACAAUGAAGGAUUUCGGCAUUGAAAGGGCUAAAGUGUAUGGAUGGCCAAACACUUAUGUAUUUACGAAAGCGAUGGGAGAAAUAUUUCUCGGACGCUUAAAAGAAAAUCUACCUCUUGUCAUUAUACGUCCAACAGUGGUUACUAGUACUUACAAGGAACCAUUUCCAGGUUGGAUUCAAGGAUUCAGAACCAUUGAUAGCGUAAUUGCUAGUUAUUAUAAAGGGAAGCUCCCAUGCUUACUCGUCGAUCCCAUGAUAGUAUUUGAUAUGAUUCCGGUGGACAUGGUGGUGAAUUCAAUAAUUGCAGCAAUGGCAGUGAAUGCAAAUAAAUAUUCAAGCAUCAUAUAUCAUGUAGGAACCUCACUGAGAAAUCCUAUAAAAUUUUGUGAUAUUCAUGAUAUAGUGUUCAAAUACUGCACUGAGAAUCCAUGGAUUAACAAGGAUGGAACCAUUGUUAAGGCUGGCAAGUUUACAAUGUUCAAGACUAUGGCUAGCUUUCACAUGUACAUGCAAAUUCGCUACAUGCUACCUUUGCAGGGAUUAAGGCUGGUGAAUAUGGCAUUUGGCCAAUAUUUUCAAGAAUUGUAUGUGAACUAUGAUCGUAAACUCAGAUUGGUGAUGCGCUUGGUAGAGCUAUACAAACCUUACAUGUUUUUCAAGGGCAUUUUUGACGACACCAAUUCAGAGGAAUUACAAAGGAUAACAAUUGAGAGUUACAAAGAUGCAGAAAUGUUCAAGUUUGAUCCCAAAUGCAUUGAUUGGGCAGACUACAUUUCGAAAACUCAUGUUCCUGGCCUUCGAAAACAUGUUAUGCUCAAAAAAUAAUUUGGGAGAAUCAUAUUAUUACGUACUAGUAAGAGUGUCUGAACAUUUAAUUUGUAUUGUUGUCUACUCAACUUUUUACGUGAUGAAGUCCGUGAGUAAUUGUGAUUGUAUGGUCAUAUGUAUUUGGCUACUUGAGGACAACAGAUGUGGCCAAUGUUUGAGUUCUAGUAAUUAUUAAUAAUAUAGCUCAUCUGAGCUUGCAUCAA